AACUGCUGUCAAAUUUAACAAGUUUACUCAGAGACGUAGUUUGUUGUUUACACGGGAAGUUGGUGUCCGUGCAGAAUCCUGAAAAAAAACAACUGCUAUGAAUUGAAUUAGCUUUAACAGUAAACAUCAUUCUCAAUAUUCAUAUAACGGGAAUAUGUGUCUAUUCUGAAUUUUAUUUUAUUUCGGAUGAUAUUUGUUGACGCUAUGAAAUGAAAAGGAUGGUCUCAGGCAGAUAGUUUAGACACCUAGCGCGAGGUAAAGGCUGGACCUGGCUGCGCGUGCUUCGUUAUGAGCAAUCCUAUUGGUCGUCACGACGAGGACGGACUCCGUUCACGUUUUUGAUUGGUCUAUUCGGCUGUCCGUUAGCGUUUCCUCAGGGCUGUAGUGAGGUAUAAGAGCGUGGGUUCUUCAGCAAUAAGAUACAGAAGCCUUGAAGGCUCAGAAGCAUAGACGUUUUUACAUGCUUGAUAGAAAAAAAUAGAAAAAUAAUCUCGCUAACGUUCACGCAUACACCAUGCCGAGUCCUAACCGUGCUCGAGCGGUUUGAGAAAUGCGGGAGUUUUUUUGGAAGGGGCGUCACAGAAUUAGGUUUUUUGAUGUAUUUUUUUUUUGGUUUGGGGUUCAAGGGUCACGGGAUAUAAACAAGUCCGACACGCUCCACUGCAGUCUGACUGGUUCAGCCAUGGCUACAGUAACAUGGGAACAUCUGUGAACCCAUAAGCAGACAAGUUUUCUGCAAGUUUACAAAAGCAAACUUUGUCAUCGCGACAAUUUUGGAUGCCUUUCUCUCUGUCUUGCCCAUGCAUGCAGAAUUGACCAAUAGAAUAUGAUUGAAAUGUCCAUAGAGAAAGAAACUGCCUUAACAGGAGAUGGAGCGGCGGCCAUUUUGAGCCGGCCACCUUCCCAGAACAUAGCGGGGCGUGUUAAGACUCUGAGCCCAUCCUCUUUGGCACCUGUUAGUAUUGGUGCUCCGUUCAUGGCUAACGUGGUGCUAGCAGACAUGCCUGCUAACGCUGCUUUGACAGAAGAGGCGGGGCACGAUGAGGAAGUUGCCGAGAUGAUGCAAGUGAAAGGAAAAAAUAAGCUCUUACAAGCGAAAAAUGGUAUACAGUCCCAAACCGGGCCUCAAAAACUUGGCAAACGGCGCUACAGCAUGAACGCUGGCUUUAAGCAUCCCGGAUUUAGCAAGCGCAGACGGAGAGCUAACUCCGAGUGUGACCCGGUGCUGCCCAGCAACUUCCUGUUGGGUGGAAACAUCUUUGACCCUCUGAAUCUCAACAGCCUAUUGGAUGAGGACGUGAACCGGGCCCUGAACGCAGAGACGCCCAAAUCGUCACCACUUCCAUCCAAGAGCAGGGAACCUGUCGAAAUCCUGAUCCCCAAAGACAUCACUGACCCGCUAAACCUCAGCGGCAAGGGCGGAAACGCCAACGGAGGCGUCCUGGUGUCACCCUUUAAGAAGCGCCGUCAUAGAAACAGGCACCAUGGUGGCAGUGGUGGCCAUCUUGAACCGUCAGACACUGAAAAGGCAAAGGUCGCUGUGGAAGAGGGUACGCUCUUUCCUGCACAGCAUUUAGCAGAGGAACUAGUAGAAGCAUCACCACGACCCUACGAACUCAACACGAGCAUCAACUGCCGUGAUGAAGUGGUCCCGCCUAUACUGCCACGACGCCGAUCCUCAAACUCUGUUCCUCCGGCAGGAAGUAGCAACUCCACCGUGCAGGCAUCCAAACACCGAAAGCGCAGACGAACAGUCAGCCGUUCGGAACGCUUGUCAAUCCCGCCGACUCCCACCAAUAAGCAGCUCAAUUUAGACAGAGGGCGGAGUCAAACAUUUCACACGCCCAUUGUGGGUGGAACCACAGGAAACCAUCUUGAAGCAAACCAUCGUGUGUCACAGAAAAAUCAGCGCAAACCGAGACGCGAGUUCAAUUACGGCAUCUACAGCUAUUACUAUGGCUAUCGGACACCGAGUUUGAAUGUGGACCCUCGUCUGGCGGCGUUCCGGCCCGAAUGGUUCCGUGGGAAAAAAGUUCUGGAUAUCGGAUGCAACGUCGGUCACAUGACUCUCGCCAUCGCAAAGAACUGGAGCCCUUCCCACAUCCUGGGCUUGGAUAUCGACGGCGGUGUGGUUCACGCAGCACGGCAGAACCUCCGCCACUUCCUGUCUGAGCUGCAGAAACAGGAAGUGAGACAAGAUGCGGGCAGAGAGGAGAAACCCAGAGAGGUGGAGACGUUGCGGACAUUCCCUGUUUCUUUCAGGUUAUGUAGGGGGCCAAUCGCUGCUCCUCCCUUACUGCCUCCUGCCCCCGGGGUGUUCCCUAACAAUGUGUCCUUCAUGAAGGGGAACUAUGUGCCGGACAGUGAUGCAGUGGUGAUGUCACAGUGUGCGGAGUAUGACGUCAUUGUGUGUCUGAAUGUGACGAGGUGGGUUCAUCUGAACUGGGGAGACAUCGGGCUUCAGCGUCUCUUCCGACGCAUUUACACACACCUGCACCCCGGAGGACUGUUUAUCCUCCAACCACAGCCAUGGAGCUCCUACAGCAAGAGGAAACGACUGACGGUAAACGAAAACAUCCACAGGAACUACAACAGCAUUCGGCUCAGACCUGACCAGUUCAGCUCGUACCUCACGGCUGAGGUGGGAUUCACCAGCUACGAGCUCAUCAGCGCCACAAGGAGCUGCCCUAAAGAACCUCAGAAAUCCAUCAGCAAACUGGGGGUGAUCUCAGCAAAUUGUCGCCCUCUAGUGUGACUUCAGGGACUCCAGAGGCCAAUAUAUCUGUUCCACAAAGGCCCCGCCUCCAGCAGGAAGUCAUCCACCAGAAGAGGAAGUGACACGCAGGAAGAGGAACGGGAGACGAUGUGAAUGUUUACGCUGCUCUGCUGCUUUAUUUAGAGAUGCGAUCAGUUCCACAGGACUCUGUUCUGAAAGAGCCGCCGUCCCCGUCUCAGCCUCCAUACACAAGUGCUGAACUCUUUUUAUAUAUACACACACACACACAGAUGGACUAUUAAUCUUUUUAAUAAAAGUUUGUCUUCUUUCUAACAACUCAAUACCUGUUUGUAUUGUACAUUUUAGAGAAGUGUGUGUGUGUGUGUGUGUGUGUAGCUUAAACUCUUAAGUGUAAAAAAAAAAAGUUCAUAUAACCAUUUUCUAACUGUUUUUUGAUGUGUGAGAGGGAGAAAGAGAAACGGAGAGAAUGUAAUUGAUUUGAAUGUGUUUGUUGUAUAGAAUAAAUAAUUGACUCUUUGAUUCUG